CCCCUAACUUUGUGUUGGAUGGUGGUGCAAGGGCUGAGCGCUCCCCCCCCCGUGGAGGAAGGGGAGACGGAGCGCAGGAGCAGAGGUGAAGCGGCUGCGAGCCUGCCCGGCCGUGUCUAGCGGGAGCCCGGCUCUCCCAGGCUCGCCCAGCCAUGCUGGCCCCCCGGGCGGAGGUGCUGGCGGCGACCCUGCUGAUCGCGUUGGGAUAUUUGCACCUCCUGGCCGGGAUCGGGCCCAUCUCUGCCCUGGACGCACCGAAGACAUGUAGCCCUAAACAGUUUGCAUGCAAAGAUCAGAUUACGUGCAUAUCUAAGGGCUGGAGGUGUGAUGGAGAGAAAGACUGUCCCGACGGAUCCGAUGAAUCUCCUGAUAUAUGUCCGCAGAGCAAGGUGUCGCGGUGCCAACCCAAUGAACAUAACUGCCUGGGCACGGAGCUGUGCAUACCCAUGACCAAGCUAUGCAACGGCUUACAGGACUGCAUCGACGGCUCGGACGAGGGGUCGCACUGCCGGGAGUUUCUGGCCAACUGCUCGGCCCUGGGGUGCCAGCACCACUGCGUCCCGACGCUCGUCGGACCCACCUGCUACUGCAACAGCUCCUUCCAGCUGGCCGAGGACAGGAAGAGCUGCAAAGACUUCGAUGAGUGCACCAUCUACGGGACCUGCAGUCAGACGUGCACAAACACGGAGGGCUCCUACACGUGCAGCUGCGUCGAGGGCUAUCUCCUGCAGCCCGAUAACCGAUCCUGCAAAGCGAAGAAUGAGCCUGUAGACCGGCCCCCGGUGCUGCUCAUCGCCAACUCCCAGAACAUCCUGGCCACCUACCUGAGCGGCGGCCCCGUGCCCAACAUCAUCCCCACCAGCACCAAGCAGACCACCGCCAUGGACUUCAACUACAUCGAGGACACGGUGUGCUGGGUCCACGUGGGCGACAGCGCGUCCCAGACCAUCCUCAAGUGCGCCAAGAUCCCCAACCUGAAGGGCUUUGUGGAGGAGCGCUCCAUCAACAUCUCCCUCAGCCUGCACCACGUAGAGCAGAUGGCCAUCGACUGGCUCACCGGCAACUUCUACUUUGUGGACGACAUCGACGACCGGAUCUUCGUCUGCAACAGGAGCGGGGACACCUGUGUCACGCUGCUCGACCUGGAGUUGUACAACCCCAAGGGCAUCGCGCUGGACCCGGCCAUGGGAAAAGUCUUCUUCACCGACUACGGGCAGAUCCCCAAGGUGGAGCGCUGCGACAUGGACGGGCAGAACCGUACCAAGCUGGUGGAUAGCAAGAUCGUCUUCCCCCAUGGCAUCACCCUGGACCUGGUCAGCCGGCUGGUGUACUGGGCCGACGCCUAUCUGGACUACAUCGAGGUGGUGGACUACGAGGGCAAGAACCGGCACACCAUCAUCCAGGGCAUCUUGAUCGAGCAUCUCUACGGCCUGACCGUCUUCGAGAACUACCUCUACGCCACCAACUCGGACAAUGCCAACGCCCAGCAGAAAACCAGCGUCAUCCGGGUCAACCGCUUCAACAGCACCGAGUACCAGGUGGUCACCAGGGUGGACAAAGGGGGAGCCCUGCAUAUCUACCACCAGCGACGGCAGCCCACAGUGCGGAGCCACGCCUGUGAACCGGACCAGUUCGGCAAACCUGGAGGCUGCUCCGACAUCUGCCUCCUCGGGAACAGCCACAAGACCCGGACCUGCCGGUGCCGAUCUGGAUUCAGCUUGGGCAGCGACGGGAAGUCUUGCAAAAAGCCGGAGCAUGAGCUGUUCCUGGUGUACGGGAAGGGUCGCCCCGGCAUCAUCCGGGGCAUGGACAUGGGGGCCAAGGUGCCAGACGAGCACAUGAUCCCCAUCGAGAACCUGAUGAAUCCCCGGGCCCUUGACUUCCACGCCGAGACGGGCUUCGUCUACUUCGCUGACACCACCAGCUAUCUGAUCGGGCGCCAGAAGAUCGACGGGACGGAGCGCGAGACCAUCCUGAAAGAUGGCAUCCACAACGUGGAAGGGAUCGCCGUGGACUGGAUGGGGAACAACCUGUACUGGACGGACGACGGCCCCAAGAAGACCAUCAGCGUGGCGCGGCUGGAGAAGGCCGCCCAGACCAGGAAGACGUUGAUCGAAGGGAAGAUGACUCACCCUAGGGCCAUCGUGGUGGAUCCCUUGAAUGGCUGGAUGUACUGGACCGACUGGGAGGAGGACCCCAAGGACAGUAAGAGGGGCAAGAUCGAACGGGCCUGGAUGGACGGCUCCAACCGCAACGUCUUCAUCACCUCCAAGACGGUGCUUUGGCCCAACGGGCUGAGCCUGGAUAUCCCGGCCAAGGUCCUCUACUGGGUGGACGCCUUCUACGACCGCAUCGAGAUGAUCUUUCUGAACGGCACCGAGCGCAAGAUUGUCUACGAGGGCCCGGAGCUGAACCACGCCUUUGGGCUCUGCCACUACAGCAACUUCCUCUUCUGGACGGAGUACCGGAGCGGCAGCAUCUACCGGCUGGACCAGGUGUCCAAGGCCGUCACCCUGCUGCGCAACGAGCGCCCGCCCAUCUUCGAGAUCCGCAUGUACGACGCCCAGCAGCAGCAAGUGGGCACCAACGACUGCCGUGUCAACAACGGGGGCUGCAGCAGCCUGUGUCUGGCCAUCCCCCGGGGCCGGCAGUGCGCCUGCGCCGAGGACCAGAUCCUGGGCCCCGACUCCGUCACCUGCCAAGCCAACCCGUCCUACGUGCCCCCUCCGCAGUGCCAGCCCGGGGAGUUCGCCUGCAAGAACAACCGCUGUAUCCAGGAGCGCUGGAAAUGCGACGGCGACAACGACUGCCUGGACAACAGCGACGAAGCGCCGGAGCUCUGCCACGAGCACACCUGCCCCUCGGACCGUUUCAAGUGCGAGAACAACCGCUGCAUCCCCAACCGCUGGCUCUGCGACGGCGACAACGACUGCGGCAACAACGAGGACGAAUCCAACUCCACCUGCUCUGCCCGGACCUGCCCCCCCAACCAGUUCUCCUGCGCCAGCGGCCGCUGCAUCCCCAUCUCCUGGACCUGCGACCUGGACGACGACUGCGGGGACCGUUCGGAUGAGUCCUCCUCCUGCGCUUACCCCACCUGCUUCCCCUUGACCCAGUUCACCUGCAACAACGGGCGCUGCAUAAACAUCAACUGGCGAUGUGACAAUGACAACGACUGCGGGGACAACAGCGACGAGGCCGGCUGCAGCCACUCCUGCUCCAGCAACCAGUUCAAGUGCAACAGCGGGCGCUGCAUCCCCGUGCACUGGACCUGCGACGGUGACAACGACUGCGGGGAUUACAGCGAUGAGACCCACGCCAACUGCACCAACCAGGCCACCCGCCCGCCCGGGGGCUGCCACACGGACGAAUUCCAGUGCCGGCUGGACGGGCUGUGCAUCCCCAUGCGCUGGCGCUGCGACGGCGACACGGACUGCAUGGACUCCAGUGACGAGAAGAGCUGUGAGGGCGUCACCCACGUCUGCGACCCCAACGUCAAGUUCGGCUGCAAGGACUCGGCCCGCUGCAUCAGCAAGGCCUGGGUGUGCGACGGAGACAGCGACUGCGAGGACAACUCGGACGAGGAGAACUGCGAGUCGCUGGUGUGCAAGCCGCCCUCCCACACCUGCGCCAACACCACCUCCGUCUGCCUGCCGCCCGACAAGCUGUGCGACGGCACCGACGACUGCGGCGACGGCUCCGACGAGGGCGAGCUGUGUGACCAGUGCUCUCUGAACAACGGCGGCUGCAGCCACAACUGCACGGUGGCCCCGGGCGAGGGCAUCGUCUGCUCCUGCCCGCUGGGCAUGGAGCUGGGCGCCGACAACCGGACCUGCCAGAUCCAAAGCUACUGCGCCAAGCACCUCAAGUGCAGCCAGAAGUGCGAGCAGGACAAGUACAAUGUCAAGUGCUCCUGCUACGAGGGCUGGAUGCUGGAGCCCGACGGCGAGAGCUGCCGAAGCCUGGACCCCUUCAAGCCCUUCAUCAUCUUCUCCAACCGCCACGAGAUCCGGCGCAUCGACCUGCAGAAGGGCGACUACAGCGUCCUGGUGCCCGGCUUGCGCAACACCAUCGCCCUCGACUUCCACCUCAACCAGAGCUCCCUCUACUGGACGGACGUGGUGGAGGACAAGAUCUACCGGGGGAAGCUGCUGGAGAACGGGGCCCUGGGCCCAGCUCCCAACCCCUGCGAGGCCAACGGGGGCAAAGGGCCCUGCUCCCACCUCUGCUUGAUCAACUACAACCAGUCCUCCUCCUGCGCCUGCCCCCACCUCAUGAAGCUGGACAAGGAUAACACCACGUGCUACGAGCUGAAGAAGUUCCUGCUGUAUGCGCGGCAGAUGGAGAUCCGGGGCGUGGACAUCGACAACCCCUACUACAACUACAUCAUCUCCUUCACCGUGCCCGACAUCGACAACGUCACGGCCGUGGACUACGAUGCCCCGGAGCAGCGCAUCUACUGGUCCGACGUCCGCACCCAGACCAUCAAGCGGGCCUUCAUCAACGGCACCGGCGUGGAGACCGUCGUCUCUGCAGACUUGCCCAACGCUCAUGGCCUCUCUGUGGACUGGGUUUCCAGAAACCUCUUCUGGACCAGCUACGACGCCAACCGGAAGCAGAUCAACGUGGCCCGGCUGGACGGCUCCUUCAAGAACGCCGUGAUCCAGGGGCUGGAAAAGCCCCACUGCCUGGUGGUUCACCCACUCCAAGGGAAGCUCUACUGGACGGACGGGGACAACAUCAGCAUCGCCAACAUGGACGGCAGCAACCGCAGCUUCCUCUUUACGAACCAGAAAGGACCUGUCGGCCUGGCCAUCGACUACCCGGAGAACAAGCUCUACUGGAUCAGUUCCGGCGCCGGCACCAUCAACAGGUGCAACCUGGACGGCAGCGGCCUGGAGGUCCUGGAGACCAUGAAGAGCCAGCUGAGCAAGGCUACCGCGCUGGCCAUCAUGGGCGACAAGCUGUGGUGGGCAGACCAGGCCUCGGAGAAGAUGGGCACCUGCAACAAGAAGGACGGGACGGGGGCCGUCGUCCUGCGAAACAGCACCACGCUGGUCAUGCACAUGAAGGUCUAUGACGAGAGCGUCCAGCACGGCACCAACCCCUGCAGCGUGAACAACGGCGACUGCUCGCAGCUCUGCCUGCCCACCUCGCCCACCACCCGCUCCUGCAUGUGCACCGCCGGCUACAGCCUCAAGAGCGGGCAGCAGUCCUGCGAAGGCGUGGGCUCCUUUCUGCUGUACUCGGUGCACGAGGGGAUCCGCGGCAUCCCCCUGGAUCCCAACGACAAGUCCGACGCCCUGGUGCCCGUGUCUGGGACCUCGCUGGCCGUGGGGAUCGAUUUCCACGCGGAGAACGACACCAUCUACUGGGUGGACAUGGGCCUCAGCACCAUCAGCCGGGCCAAGCGCGACCAGACGUGGCGGGAGGACGUGGUCACCAAUGGGAUCGGGCGCGUGGAAGGCAUCGCGGUCGACUGGAUAGCAGGAAACAUCUACUGGACGGACCAAGGCUUCGACGUCAUCGAGGUGGCCAGGCUGAACGGGUCAUUCCGCUACGUUGUCAUCUCGCAGGGGCUGGAUAAACCUCGGGCCAUCACGGUGCACCCGGAGAAAGGGUACCUGUUCUGGACAGAGUGGGGCCAGUACCCCCGCAUCGAACGCUCUCGCCUGGAUGGGACAGAACGGAUGGUCCUGGUCAACGCGAGCAUCAGCUGGCCCAACGGGAUAUCGGUCGACUACCAGGACGGGAAGCUGUACUGGUGUGACGCUCGGAUGGACAAGAUCGAACGCAUCGACCUGGAGACGGGAGAGAACAGGGAGGUCGUCCUGUCCAGCAACAACAUGGACAUGUUCUCGGUGUCGGUCUUCGAGGAUUACAUCUACUGGAGUGACCGGACCCACGCCAACGGGUCCAUCAAAAGGGGCAGCAAGGACAACGCCACGGAGUCGGUGUCCCUGAGGACAGGGAUAGGAGUGCAGCUGAAGGACAUCAAAGUGUUCAACCAAGCCAGGCAAAAGGGCACCAACGUCUGCGCCCAGAACAACGGCGGCUGCCAGCAGCUGUGUCUGUUCCGCGGCAACGGGCAGCGGACGUGCGCCUGUGCCCACGGCAUGCUCGCUGAGGACGGGGUGAACUGCCAGGACUACGACGGCUACCUGCUCUACUCCGAGCGCACCAUCCUCAAAAGCAUCCACCUGUCGGACGAGAGCAACCUCAACGCGCCCGUCAAGCCCUUCGAGGACGCCGAGCACAUGAAGAACGUCAUCGCCCUGGCCUUCGACUACCGCGCCGGCACCGCCGGCAGCAACCGCAUCUUCUACAGCGACAUUCACUUCGGCAACAUCCAGCAAAUCAGCGAUGACGGCACCGGGCGCAAGACCAUUGUGGAGAACGUGGGCUCAGUGGAGGGGCUGGCGUACCACCGGGGCUGGGACACGCUGUACUGGACCAGCUACACCACGUCCACCAUCACCCGGCACACGGUGGAUCAGAGCCGCCUGGGGGCCUUUGAGCGGGAGACAGUCAUCACCAUGUCAGGAGACGAUCACCCUCGAGCCUUCGUGCUGGACGAGUGCCAGAACCUGAUGUUCUGGACCAACUGGAAUGAGCAGCACCCCAGCAUCAUGCGGGCCACCCUGGGCGGGGCCAACGUCCUCAUCAUCAUCGACCAGGACAUCCGGACGCCCAAUGGGCUGGCCAUCGACCACAAGGCCGAGAAGAUCUACUUCUCUGACGCCACGCUGGACAAGAUCGAGCGCUGCGAGUACGACGGGUCCCACCGCUACGUGAUCCUGAAAUCGGAGCCGGUGCACCCCUUCGGCCUGGCCGUCUACGGCGACUACAUCUUCUGGACGGACUGGGUGCGCCGGGCUGUGCAGCGGGCCAACAAGUAUGUGGGCACGGACAUGAAGCUGCUGCGCGUGGACAUCCCCCAGCAGCCCAUGGGCAUCAUCGCCGUGGCCAACGACACCAACAGCUGCGAGCUGUCCCCCUGCAGGGUGAACAACGGGGGCUGCCAGGACCUGUGCCUGCUCACCCCAAAGGGGCACGUCAACUGCUCCUGCCGGGGCGAGCGGGUCCUGCAGGAGGAUUUCACCUGCAAAGGUGAGCCCCUCCCCCCACCGGGUCACGCACCCUGCGCGGAGGGGAGGAGGAUAAAGGGGAGAGGGAGGAGGGAUGGAGUAGGGAGAAGGAGGGGAUAUGGGGAGGGGGCGCCCCCCAGCUCCCCUCUCUGCUCCUCCCCCGCAGGCAGCCGCAAGUGUAAGAAGGGCUUUCUGCACUGCAUGAACGGGCGCUGCCUGGCCAACGCCUUCUGGUGCAACGGCAUGGACGACUGUGGGGACAACUCGGACGAAGUGCCCUGCAACAAGACCAGGUGUGCGACGACGGAGUUCCGGUGCCGGGACGGGAGCUGCAUCGGGAACUCGAGCCGCUGUAACCAGUUCAUCGACUGCGAGGACGCGUCGGACGAGAUGAACUGCAGCGCCACCGACUGCAGCAGCUACUUCAAGUUGGGGGUGAAAGGCCUGACGUUCCAGAAGUGCGAGCACACCUCGCUGUGCUACGCCCCGUCCUGGGUGUGCGACGGAGCCAACGACUGUGGGGACUACUCGGACGAGCAGAACUGCCCGGGAGUGAGGAAACCCAGGUGCCCGGCCAAUUACUUUGCCUGCCCGAGCGGGAGGUGCAUUCCCAUGACCUGGACGUGCGAUAAGGAGGACGACUGUGAGAACGGCGAAGACGAGACGCACUGCAAUAAAUUCUGCUACCCCGUGCAGUUCGAAUGCAACAACCACCGCUGCAUCUCCAAGCUGUGGGUGUGUGACGGGGCGGACGACUGCGGGGAUGGCUCCGACGAGGACAGCCGCUGCCGACUGACCACCUGCAGCUCGGGGUCCUUCCAGUGCCCAGGCACAUACGUGUGCGUGCCAGAGCGCUGGCUCUGCGACGGAGACAAGGACUGUGCCGACGGCUCUGACGAGUCCUUAGCCGCUGGCUGCUUGUACAACAACACGUGUGACGAGCGGGAGUUCAUGUGCACCAACCACCAGUGCAUCCCCAAGCACUUCGUCUGCGACCACGACGACGACUGCGGCGACGGCUCCGACGAGUCCCCGGAGUGCGAGUACCCGACCUGCGGCCCCCACGAGUUCCGGUGCGCCAACGGCCGCUGUCUCAGCAACAGCCAGUGGCAGUGCGACGGGGAAUUCGACUGCCACGACCACUCGGACGAGGCGCCCAAGAACCCGCGCUGCACCAGCUCCGAGAGCAGGUGCAACGACUCGUUCUUCCUGUGCAAGAACGGCCGGUGCGUGCCCGAGGCCCUGCUCUGCGACAACAACGACGACUGCGCCGACGGCUCCGACGAGCUGAACUGCUUCCUCAACGAGUGUCUCAACAAGAAGCUGAGCGGCUGCUCCCAGGAGUGCGAGGACCUCAAGAUCGGCUAUAAGUGUAGAUGCCGGCCUGGGUACAGGCUGAAAGACGACGGGAAAACCUGCAUCGACAUUGACGAGUGCACCACCACCUACCCCUGCAGCCAGAAAUGCAUCAACACGUUGGGCAGCUUCAAGUGCCUGUGCACAGAGGGCUACAAACUCAGGCCCGACCACCCGACCAGCUGCAAAGCCGUCUCAGACGAAGAGCCCUUCCUCAUCUUCGCCAACCGCUACUACCUGAGGAAACUCAACCUGGACGGCUCCAACUACACGCUGCUCAAACAGGGGUUGAACAACGCCGUGGCUCUGGACUUCGACUACAGGGAGCAGAUGAUCUACUGGACGGACGUCACCACGCAGGGCAGCAUGAUCCGCCGCAUGCACAUUAACGGGAGCAACGUCCAGGUCCUUCACCGCACCGGUCUCAGCAACCCCGACGGGCUGGCCGUGGACUGGGUGGGCGGGAACCUGUACUGGUGCGACAAGGGCAGGGACACCAUCGAGGUGUCGAAGCUGAACGGGGCCUAUCGCACGGUGCUGGUGAACUCGGGGCUGCGGGAGCCGCGGGCGCUGGUGGUGGACGUGCAGAAUGGUUACCUGUACUGGACAGACUGGGGUGACCACUCCCUGAUCGGCAAGAUCGGCAUGGACGGCACCAACCGGAGCGUCAUCGUAGACACCAAGAUCACCUGGCCCAACGGCCUCACCCUGGACUACAUCAAUGGCCGGAUUUACUGGGCAGAUGCCCGAGAGGACUACAUUGAAUUUGCCAGUCUGGACGGCUCCAACCGGCACAUCGUGCUGAGCCAGGACAUCCCGCACAUCUUUGCGCUCACCCUCUUUGAGGACUACAUCUACUGGACCGACUGGGAGACCAAGUCCAUCAACCGAGCCCACAAGACCACCGGGGCCAACAAGUCCAUGCUGAUCAGCACGCUGCACCGGCCCAUGGACAUCCACAUCUACCACGCCUACCGCCAGCCGGACGUCCCCAGUCACCCCUGCAAAACCAACAACGGCGGCUGUAGCAACCUGUGCCUCCUCUCUCCGGGCGGCACCCACAAGUGCGCCUGCCCCACCAACUUCUACCUGGGCGGCGACGGCAAGACCUGCGUCUCCAACUGCACGGCCAGCCAGUUCGUUUGCAAGAACGACAAAUGCAUCCCUUUCUGGUGGAAAUGCGACACGGAGGACGACUGUGGGGACCGCUCGGACGAGCCCGAAGAUUGCCCUGAAUUCAAGUGUCGCCCGGGACAGUUCCAGUGCUCCACCGGGAUCUGCACCAACCCGGCCUUCAUCUGCGACGGAGACAACGACUGCCAGGACAACUCGGACGAGGCCAACUGCGAUAUCCACGUCUGCCUGCCCAGCCAGUUCAAAUGCACCAACACCAACCGCUGCAUCCCUGGGAUCUUCCGUUGCAAUGGGCAGGACAACUGCGGGGACGGCGAGGACGAGAAGGAUUGUCCGGAGGUGACCUGCGCCCCCAAUCAGUUCCAGUGUGCCGUCACCAAGCGCUGCAUCCCCCGUGUCUGGGUGUGCGACCGGGACAACGACUGCGUGGACGGAUCAGACGAGCCCGCCAACUGCACACAAAUGACGUGUGGUGUGGACGAGUUCCGGUGCAAGGACUCGGGCCGAUGCAUCCCAGCACGCUGGAAAUGCGACGGGGAGGACGACUGCGGAGACAGCUCGGACGAGCCCAAGGAGGAAUGUGACGAGCGCACCUGCGAGCCGUACCAGUUCCGCUGCAAGAACAACCGGUGCGUGCCGGGCCGCUGGCAGUGCGACUACGACAACGACUGCGGGGACAACUCGGACGAGGAGAGCUGCACGCCCAGGCCCUGCUCGGAGAGCGAGUUCUCCUGCGCCAACGGGCGCUGCAUCGCCGGCCGGUGGAAGUGUGACGGGGACCACGACUGUGCCGACGGCUCCGACGAGAAGGACUGCACGCUGCGCUGCGACUUCGACCAGUUCCAAUGCAAGAACGGGCACUGCAUCCCCAUGCGCUGGCGCUGCGACGCCGACGCCGACUGCAUGGAUGGCAGCGACGAGGAGAACUGCGGCACCGGAGUGCGCACCUGCCCCCUGGACGAGUUCCAGUGCAACAACACCCUGUGCAAGCCGCUGGCAUGGAAGUGCGAUGGGGAGGACGACUGUGGGGACAAUUCGGACGAGAACCCCGAGGAGUGCUUGAGGUUCCAGUGCCCGCCCGGCCGACCGUUCCGCUGCAAGAACGACCGCGUGUGCCUGUGGAUCGGGCGUCAGUGCGACGGCAUCGACAACUGCGGGGACGGCACGGAUGAGCGAGACUGCGAGUUGCCCACCGCCAGGCCCAAGAGCUGCAGCCACGAGAAGAGCGAAUUCCUCUGCAAGAACAAGAAAUGCAUCAGCUCCCUCCUGCGCUGCAACUUCUUCGACGACUGCGGGGACGGCUCGGACGAGGAGCCGUGUUCCCACGGCGAUCCCAAUCCGUACAGCUGCCACACCAACGGGACCAUGUGCGGGGACGAGGCCAAGUGCAUCCAGUCCCAGACGACCGUCUACUGCACCUGCCGCAGCGGCUUCCAGAAAGCACCUGACAAAAACACCUGCCAAGACAUCAACGAGUGCUCGACGUUCGGGACCUGCUCCCAGAUCUGCAACAACACCAAGGGGUCCUACGUCUGCAGCUGCGCCCGCAACUUCAUGAAGACCCAUCACACGUGCAAGGCGGAAGGCUCCGAGCAGCAGAUCCUGUACAUCGCCGACGACAACAAGAUCCGCAGCAUGUACCCCUUCAACCCCAACUCGGCCUACGAGCCAGCCUUCCAGGGCGACGAGAACGUGCGCAUCGACGCCAUGGACAUCUACGUCAAGGGCAACAAGAUCUACUGGACCAACUGGCACACGGGCAAGAUCUCCUACCGCGAGCUGCCGUCGUCCGCCGCCUCCACUGCCUCCAACCGGAACCGGCGGCAGCUGGACGGGGGCGUCACCCACCUCAAUAUCUCGGGGCUCAAGAUGCCGCGGGGCAUCGCCGUGGACUGGGUGGCCGGGAACGUCUACUGGACGGACUCCGGGCGCGACGUCAUCGAGGUGGCGCAGAUGAAGGGCGACAACCGCAAAACGCUGAUCUCGGGCAUGAUCGACGAGCCCCACGCCAUUGUGGUCGACCCACUCCGAGGGACCAUGUACUGGUCCGACUGGGGCAACCACCCCAAGAUCGAGAAGGCCGCGAUGGACGGGACCAUGAGGGAGACGCUGGUGCAGGACAACAUCCAGUGGCCGACAGGCCUGGCUGUCGACUAUCACAACGAGCGGCUGUACUGGGCCGAUGCCAAGCUCUCCGUCAUCGGCAGCAUCCGUUUCAACGGCACCGACCCCGUCGUGGCUAUUGAUAACAAGAAAGGACUGAGCCACCCCUUCAGCAUCGACAUCUUUGAGGAUUACAUCUACGGCGUCACCUACAUUAACAACCGCAUCUUCAAGAUCCACAAGUUCGGGCACGGGCCCGUCACCAACCUGACGUCUGGGCUGAACCACGCCACCGACGUGGUGCUCUACCACCAGUACAAGCAGCCGGACGUGACCAACCCCUGCGACAGGAAGAAAUGCGAGUGGCUCUGCCUUCUGAGCCCUAGUGGCCCCGUCUGCACCUGCCCCAACGGGAAGCGGCUGGACAACGGCACGUGCGUGGUGAUCCCCUCGCCCACCGUCUCGCCCAUCGUCCCGACCAGCGACACCUGCGACCUGGUCUGCCUCAACGGGGGCAGCUGCUUCCUGAACGCCCGCAAGCAGGCCAAGUGCCGCUGCCAGCCGCGCUACAACGGCGAGAAGUGCCAGCUGGACCAGUGCUGGGAGUACUGCCAGAACGGGGGCACCUGCGCCGCCUCCCCGUCAGGGAUGCCGACGUGCCGCUGCCCCACCGGCUUCACCGGGCCCCGGUGCAACCAGCAGGUGUGCGCCGAAUACUGCCUGAACAACGGCAGCUGCAGCGUCAACCUGGGCAACCAGCCCAGCUGCCGCUGCCCGGCCGGCUUCCUCGGCGACCGCUGCCAGUUCCGCCAGUGCUUCGACUACUGUGAGAACGAGGGCGUGUGCCAGCUGGCGGCCGGCGGCGCCAAGCAGUGCCGGUGCCUGCCGCAGUACGAGGGUGCCCGCUGCCAGGUCAGCAAGUGCUCCCGCUGCCAGGAGGGCAAGUGCAACAUCAACAGGCAGAGCGGCGAGGUCACCUGCACCUGCCCGAAUGGCAAGAUGGCACCGAGCUGCCUGACCUGCGACAACUACUGCCUGAACGGGGGCACCUGCACCAUGAACGGCAGGACGCAGAUGCCGGAAUGCCAGUGCGCGACGGAUCUGACGGGGCUGCGGUGUGAGGACUUUGGGGUCAGCGAACAGCAGAGCAGCCGUAUGUAUAUGGGGGGGGCAUUUCCCUGCCCUCCUGAGGGUCCCCGGAGGGGUUGCCCCGUGCUCCCCAGCGCCAAAGGCUUCCAGCACCAGCGGAUGACGAACGGCGCCAUGAACGUGGAGAUCGGGAACCCCACCUACAAGAUGUACGAGGGGGAGCCGGAGGACGACGUGGGGGAGCUGCUGGACGCCGACUUCGCCCUGGACCCGGACAAGCCCACCAACUUUACCAACCCCGUCUACGCCACCCUCUACAUGGGAGCCCACAACAGCCGGAACUCGCUGGCCAGCACGGACGAGAAGCGGGAGCUGCUGUCGCGGGGCACGGACGACGACCUGGCUGACCCGCUGGCAUAGGGGGCAGGGAUGGGGGGGGGUCGGGCAACCCCCUAGCACAGGGGGCAGAGACGGGGGAGGGGGCUGCGGUGCCGCCGGUUUGGAAAAGAAGCCAAUUAAGAGACAAGCGGGGGGGGGCGGGGGGGCGACAGACACUGUAUAAAUGUACAAAUGAAGGAUUAUUACUUUUAUAUGUGAGCAGUAUUAUUACUUGUCUAUUCCCCGGGCCAGGCUCCCCCCCACCCCACCCCCCCGCGGGACGAGCCGGCAUCUCGGAGCGGGCACAGCGAGGGGUUAAAGUGGGGGGGAUACCCGGCUUGUCUCCAUAGCGCUGGGGAGCUGGGUCCAAGGCUGUUGGGGGAAUCCCCCCCCUUGGCUGGGGGGGGGUGCGUGGCAGCAUUAACCCUGCGAUCGCCCCCCCGGAGCUGCCAGCUCCUCGUUCUAGCUGCAGUUGAAACCUGCCGCGGUUGGGUCCCGGUGGGUUCGCCCCCCCCGGGGCACCUUGUCCAGCCCCCCCACCCCGAGCUAUGAACAAAUCAGUCUGGGGCCGAGGCCCUGGUGACUCGAUCCCCCCCCCCCCAACACGUAGCCUGCUCCCCCACCUGCCAGCAGCUGCAGGGGGAGGAGCCAAAUGGAGAGCUCCUCCCCCUUGUCCUCAGCCCCACCCCUCCCAUCCCCAUUGCAAUCCUGUCCCACCAAUCCGUUCCCUCGCUCCAACCUCACCAAUCCCGCCCAGGCACCCAUCCAACCAAUCAUCUUCUUUCCCGCCUCCUGCUCCCAUCCCACCAAUCACCUUCCUUCCCGCGCAGGCUCCCAUCCAACCAGUCACCUGCCCCAGAGCACUGUCUAGGUGGGAUCCCCUUUUCCCUCCCCGCCCCCGGCAUUGAUUCCUGGGGGGGGGGGGGUCGUGGCUCCUUUGGGGCUAGGGGUGUUUGGGGGCCUGCACCCCCGGGCCCCGCGGCUGGAGCUGGGGCCUCUGCCUGGGUCUCCCCUGCCGGGGCCGGGGGGUUCCUUUCCUUUGCGCCUAGCGCCAUGUUUAGUGCAUGCUCCUGUGGGCGAAGGGGGGCCCCGGGCACCGCGCCGGGCACCCCGCUCCCCAGGGGCUGCCGCCGGCCCGCCCAAGCUUCAUCUCCACUCGUUUCUCCCACAGGCAUUUUUUUUUAAACCGAAUCAAAUGACCUAGCUUUUCUAGUAGGGACGGGAUACGCCUGUGGGGGGCGGGGCCCCCAGCCUUUGGCGGGGGGGCGCCUUUUCAUAACUUUUGCUGGAUUACUUUACAACUAAACACAGAGAUUGUUAUAAAUAAAAUUUUUAAAAACUGA